AUGCCCCGGCUUGUACGCCGCCGACCGUUGGGGCAACGUAUCAAAUCCUACUUGAAUCCGCUGGACUUUUUGCUGUGGCUGUCGGAAGAAAUCGAUGCUAAUGAUUGGGAUCAGCUUGAGAAGAACUGGUCGAUUACCCUGGGUGUGAUUUUGAAUAUUGUGUUCCUGGUCGCGAGAGCCAACAGUCAGUCGAGUGGCAGUCGCACUGUCGACGAUGUCUUUGGCGAUGACGAGGGUGCGCCUUGGAUGAGCUGGCUUGCCUCCUUUGUUGUUCAUUUGCUCGUAUGCUUCGUCGGAUUUAACACUUUCUACACUUUCUACCGCAAGCGACACUAUCGCAUGUUCGAAGCCUCGAUCGACCAAGCUCCUGCGACACCGUCCGCUCAUCGUGUGCGCGUCGAUUCUACUCCUGUGUCAGCUUCGCCCCUACGAUUCUUUGCCCAGGCCAUCACCGGUUCCGCACAGUCGAGAGCACACCCGAAUGCGCAGUGCGAUGUCUGGGAACUUGCGGUCUGGGAUCCCCUACCGAUCUGUGUGCGCCUAUUUUGUCUCUUCAGCCCCGCGCAUGUCCUCGUAUACUGGCUUUUCCUACCUACCCAGCUAUCUGACCCUCGGCCGAGUGUGACGAUUGUGACGACCAUCCUCCUCACCACCUUGCUGUCGCUGCAAAUGAGCUUCUUGUCGUCCUCAUUCACUCAGCAAGCGAAGGACUCCGCGCUGGUACACAAGGAGGUGAUGAAAGAGUAUGAUGUUAAAUAUGUGCACCCCCGAACCCAGCCUUUGAUGCGAGAUGUCGCCACGCAGUUCUCGGAGGCAGAAGCUACCAAGUCUGGCUCGGAUGCCAAAAGCAACAAAGUCGAUACCUUUACUCCAACCUUUAUCAUCCAGCGGGGAUUCAAAACCAGUCCCAACCCCAACUAUGUCAGCCAUGUCGACCCUGAGGGACUGUCUUCGGGGCGUCAGUCGAUGGCCGCCACGCCCUCCGCAUCUUCAAAUUAUCAAGCCUCGUUUCAAACCCCCAGUCACCUACGGGACGCCUCGCCGGUUGUCCGAAAGCCUAUAUCUGCAAUUCGCCAACCUCAAUUUCGCAAAACUCCCUCGGCGACCGGCGACGGUGGUAGUCUCGGUAUCUAUUCACAUGCCAACUCGCCUCUGAGGAAGUCCACUUCCACUUCGACGAAUUUCGAUCGUCGACCUCCAAGCACCGGAGAUUUCUUCUACAAGGACCGAGGUGCUAGUCCAAUUAAGAGGCAAUCCAGUCCGCUCAAAAAGAGCAACGUGCCGGGUGGGAGUCCACUUGCGCCGACACCGAGACGGGGUCAACUUGAUUCUCGCCGCGACACAGGAUACUUCUAG